AUGCCCCAAACCUCUCCCCACCAUCGCGGUCUGAAACUCGGGGUCCGACUCCUUCCCUUCCUCGCUCCCUGUCUUUCACCCACUUCGACCCGUAGUCGGAGUGUACAUACUGCUGACCUGUCUGUACAAACCUGUCUUGCAACCGCAGAUCUCGCGCCCGGAAUGGACGGUUCAAGUAUGAGGUCCGGUCCGUCUCGUUCGUCUGUAUGUCGAAAGCACAGCACCGAAAUACCGUAUCGGUGUCGGUCUGCCAACUUCGAGAAAAUCGGUGCCCCGGCCCUGAGGAUAGACGGGGAGGGAUCGGCGAUCGACGCGCAGAGAACCGAGGUCGGGCGAUGGGAUCCGCGCCGAGACUUGAGUGAGGAGACUGAGAGAGAUGGAGAGAGAGAGAGAGGUGGGGGGCAGGGAGGGGGGUGGAAAAUGUCACAGCUCGGUCGACUGAUGGAAUCGCCGAAGAUAUUUCUAAUGCUUGGUGAGGACCAUCACUUCGUCUUUCGGCUGCGAAGUGGGCUAAUUCUCACAGUACGACAAACGGAUGCUCGUUUCAACUGAUCGUGUGGCGACACGAAUGUCACCGACGCGCACGCAAGCUGGACGUGUGCACUUCGAACACCGAUUGUAGCAUUUUGACGCUCUUCCUGAAGAACCAUGUUCGGAAAGACUCGGUACCAGUGUGAGUGAUACACGUAUUUGCUCUCGUCACGAGAAUGAUAUCUUGCGAUACUCGAUCUAAGGCUUUUGGUUUUAGAUGUAGUGAGGUUGUUCACGAUUCUCCUAUUUCAACCUCCCUAUGACCGAGCGGUUGUGGCAUUUGACGUGGACACUAAUCUGUGAUUAUACCGACAUGCUGGCCAAUCAUCUCCAGUGUACUUUAAGACUUUGUGAGAGCUUCUUGAAUAUAUUAUUAUCGGACCAAGAGCCGUUUGGAAUGUUCGGACUGGUUGGGGCUCGCUUCUCUGAAUGUUGAUGGACAGCGUGUCGAAUCAGCAGUUCCUGCUACCCGACCAGGUGUUCUGGAGUGUAAUGUCCACAGCGCGAGACCCUUCAACGAUAAAUCCUUACAUUUGCUAAAAGUCCAACGUCAGUAAGACUCUAACUUGUCCGUGCGUGGGGGAGAUAAAGUCUAUAUGAUUCCGCCUCCAACUCACCCUCAACUCAAGUUUCUCCGAUGAAGUCCAUCAGGGAGAAUCAUCCUUCCCUCAGUCCGCCUUGUUAUGCCAACUCACUUGCCCUCCUGUCCUCAAAGGUGUCCUGCUGAUCUGAAUAGCUUCUCGGUGAAAAUAUGACUCUCGAAGAAGGCGACAGAUAAAUUUCAAUUAUGGGCUCAUCCCCGGCACGACCAAUGCUGCAAAAGAUAAUGAACUUACUGAAGCCGUAGCGGCCAUGAUUGUGUGAACCUUGUAUACGGAUGACAUUACGAAAUGUGUUAUCUGGCCAAAA